AUGACUAUUAAGAAUGGGUAUAAAUUUCUUGUAGAGUUUUUUUCUUUUUACAUUUUACUGCUCAUACCUGGUACAGAAUCCUACGUUAGAAGUAGCAUCGGUGGUAGGGACAUAAUCAGCUGGAGUAAUUUUAGCGGCGCCCUCACCGAGGGGAGGAUCCAGAGGAGGCGCCUUCGGUGGUCAGCAAGGAAUAGCGCGCUGCCGCGUCCACAGUUACCUGCACAGUUACCUACACAGUUACCUACACAGUUACCUCCACCGCAUUUGGAGCAGGCGACACAAGUUGCACAACCAUCACCACCCGUGGAGCCAACACAACGCAUCAAACUAAAAAAAAAAGAAAAAAAAAUUCUAAAAAAGUACAAAGACUUUCUGGACAUUCUGCCAAAGAGAGACAGCGAAUUUACAAUAAACGAAGCGAUUGAGAAAAUAAAAACGUUGGCUAUCCAUAAAUUUGUUGAAAGUAUCGACAUAUAUUUGUCCUUUAACCAGAAGAGGUCCAAGAUGAACAAAAAUGACAACUUAAAAACGUUCAUUACAUUUCCACAUAAUUUGAAAAAAAAAAGAGCAAAAAAAGUAUACGUCGUGACGAACCGGGACCUUCAGAAGAAGGCCACCGACGCAGGUGCUGACGUCGUUGGGGAAGAUGACCUGAUAAGCAAAAUUAAAGAAAGAGAAAUCCGACUGAAGAAAAAAAAUAAUAAUUUCUUACUCUGUACACAUGACGUGAUACACAAAUUGGCGCGAGUUGGAAAGGAGGUGGGAAGUAAAGGACUGAUGCCAAAUGAAAAGUCUGGAACGCUGGUUAGUGAAUUUUUACUUGAAAAACAUGUGAAGAUUUUCAAGUUCGGGAAUUCAUACAUUUUUAAGCUGAACAAAUUAAACACGCUCAAUUUAAAUGUGGGCGAUGUGUACAUGCCAAAUGAUGAGAUCCGAGAAAAUAUUUAUCACCUUUUCGAGCACUUGGAUAAUUUGGAGUUCUUUCACUUCAAUUCGAAGAAUUUGAAGUCCAUUUUCCUCAGCAGCACCAUGGGUUUCCCAUUCAAAAUUAAGAAGAACUUUCUCUAG